AUGAACUCACCUUGGGAGAUUUCACCAGAUGAACAUGCGGUCAGUCGGGUACAGUUCAUUGCCGCUGGGCCACAAAAUGGGAAAUUGACAGCAACGCAAGCGAGGGAAGUGCUGCUGAAAAGUGGACUUCCACAGAACAUCCUAGCACAGAUCUGGGCACUCUCUGAUUUGGACAAAGAUGGUCACCUCGAUGAACGAGAGUUUUCAAUAGCAAUCAAAUUGACGAGGACUGCUUUAGCGGGUUUCCCCCUCCCACCACAGCUACCACAAACUAUGCUACAAAUCUCCCCAGCAAGCUCAAUGCCCGUCAUGCCACCCCCGAUGAGGCCACCACCUAUGCCGCCAAUGUCUCAAUUCAACACGGCCCCACCGGCGGUAAUGCAAAAUGUGCUUCGCACGGGUUUUUCGACGGGACCCUGGAAAACGGGCAGAGAUUGUGGCAAUUGGGUGGUUCCACACCAGAAGAAGCUACACUUCGCUCAACAGUUCAACCAACUCGAUAAGGAACGUGUUGGUUGGUUAUCGGGAAAUGUGGCUCGAAACGUAAUGGGACAAAGUGGUCUUCCGAUGCCGACACUGGCACACAUAUGGAAUCUUUCAGAUGUGAAUAAGGAUGGCCGGCUAAACGUCGAUGAGUUCUGCAUUGCCAUCCACCUGAUCGAAAUGCACAAAGAAGGAUAUGCUCUUCCCGACACAACCCCACACGAUUUGGUUUUGUUAUGUGGUGGCGAUCGAGCACAAACCGAGAGUCCACAUUUAGAGCCCGGUGCCCCACCACCGCAAAAGGUGACCACUCCGAGGACAUUUGAGGAUAAAAGAAAAGAUAACUAUGACAAGGGGCAAGCAGAAUUGGAACGAAGAAGACAAAUAUUGCAAGAAGAGGAAGAUCGUCGACGAGCAGAUAUUGCAAAAAAAGAAAGAGAAGAAUUUGAGAGAAGAGAAAGAGAAAGAAUGGAAAAAGAAAGAAGAGCUGAGGAAAUGAGAAGAGCCGAAGAAGAGAGAAUGAGAGCUUUGGAAGAACAACGAAUGGAGGAGGAAAAGAAACGAGAAGCAGAAAGGGAAACACAGAGAAAAGCACAAGAAAAGAUUAGAAUGGCUGAGAUGGAAAAAGUACGAAUCAAGGAGAUGCAGUCAGCAAAAGAGCGAGAAGCCGAACAAACCGCUCAACGGCAACAACGACAGAAAACACUUGGAUUUCAGUUACAGGCUCUUGAUGAAAAGACAACGGAUAUGAAUGAAAACAUUACGGAAGCAAGAAAGAAAAUCGAGGAGAUCACGAAAGAAAUCGAAGGAAUGAGAGGAGAGCGGGAUGAAAAAAUGAAGAGAAUUCAACAAUUGCACACACAACAUCAACAGAUGGCCGUGAAGAGUCAAGAGUUAGCCCAUGCGCUCCUCCAAUUACAGAGUGCCAAUCGUGAAACGACCACACAACUUGAUGAAAUUGAUCGAACACAAACAAGAGCCGCCGAAACGAGGGUUUUAGUGGGAAAGUUGAAGGAAGAAGUUGAAGAAGUACGAGAAAGGACUGAGACACAAACUGCACUACUGGCGAAAAAAGAAGAAACACUAGAACAACAAAGACCGGACUUUGAAGCGUUUAAGGCAGAUUACACGGAAGCCUUGAGAUUAUUGACAAAACUUCAAAUUGAAGCUAGACAAAAAGUUGAGGAAAAGAGAAGAUUGGCACAACAACAGGGUUUCCAAUCAAAGCAGCCCUCACAGGAAUCGUUCUCUAAUGUUCAAAACCCAUUUCAACAUACCGAAACAACUUCUUUGACACAUGGCACCUCAAAUCAACUCCCUUCUACCGCAUCUUCAACAGGAACAUCCAAGUAUAGAGCCAAGUACGAAUUUCAAGGUCGAACCGAGGAUGAGUUAUCUUUCUCGGAAGGUGAUGUGAUUCUCGUUUUUGAGGGACAUGCUUCAGAACCGGGUUGGUUGGCUGGACAAAUCAAAGAUCGAGUGGGAUGGUUCCCGGCCGCUUUUGCUGACCCUCUCGCUCCAAUCAACCCAACUAUUACACAGCCAAUUCAAUCGGCAUCUGAAGUGGCCACCUCACCGUCAUUAGAGCGAAUUGCCGAAGAGGAACCAGUUGAAACUGUAGCUUCGAUCCUUCAGAAAACAAAUCUUGUCUCCACAAUGGGCGCACCUGUCUCUUCGUCCGCACAUGUAAUCUGCGUAUGUACCGCACAAUUUGCUUGGCGAGCCCGAAACGAGGAAGAUCUCAGUUUCUCAAAAGGCGACCAAAUUGAAGUUAUCGAGCAACAAGAAAUGAAAUGGAAAGGAAAAAAAGUCGAUGGAUCGGUGGGGUGGUUCCCAAAAAGUUAUGUCAAAAUUGAUAAGGCCUCAUCGGCCCAAACAAACGGUAACAUCCAGGCUCUUCCACCUGCUUAUGACACUCCGCCAGGAGAUAUCCCACCGAGUAUCAGUCAACAGGCAAUCAAGCAGCAGCAAUCAAUCACCUCUCCCCCACCACCGAUAUAUGACGCGCCACCGGGAGACUUUUCUGCAGCAGUAAUCCCCGCGUAUGACACUCCGCCAGGUGGUGACGUGAUUACAUCGACAAGUCAACACAGUCUCGCUGAAGCUGCUUGGAAAGCUCCAUCAAACGAUCAGCCAAAUGGAGAGUGGUUUGUAGCGGUGUUCGAUUUUGACGCUGUUGAGGAUGGGGAUCUUGCGCUAAAAACUGGAGAUCGAAUCCUCGUCAUUCAACAACAAGAACAAUGGUGGAGGGGAAUUUCCCAAGGACGCGAAGGGGUCUUUCCGGCAAAUUACGUCCAGAAAGCUGAGGCAACAAACGGCCAAAGUGCAAGCAGUUUUCAUGGAACAGAACGAGCAAAAGCGAUCGUUGAAUUUACCGCUUCAGCGCCGAAUCAACUUGCCCUUCGUCCAGGAGAUAUCAUUACUGUUCGACAAAAGAGUGAACAAGGAUGGUGGGAGGGAGAAACGGUGAGAAAUGGGACAAUUCACGCAGGAUGGUUUCCAGGAAAUUACGUGCAAGUUGAGGAACAAACAGUGCUGUCCCCAAGUGGAGAUCUUGCAGUGGCUCAAUUUGAUUAUGAAGCCACACAGCAUGAUGAACUAUCAUUCAAAGCUGGAGAUAAGAUUUUUGUUACUUCGAAACACGAUGUUGAGUGGUGGGCAGGACAUUUACAGGAAUCCCCAAGUCGAUCCGGUCUCUUCCCAUCAGCCUACGUACAAAUGCACGUUGGAGGUCCUUUACAAAACACCGAACAAGAUCAAAGACCAAACAUCAUUUCAUCAGCAUCGUCUCAUCAUCCGCAUAAAUCACAGAAACUCAUCCAACUCACGCAGGAAUUGCUAAUUUCUGAAGAAAAAUAUCUUCAUGAUCUCGAGACGGCAAGCAGAAUAUUCAUCAGACCCUUGUCAAAGGUUAUUUCACCCACAGAAAUCGAGGUUUUAUCGAUGAAUUGGGAUCAACUGGUAAAACUAUCAAAGGGUAUAACACAACGGCUCAAACAAGGUCAAACACCGGGCUCAGCUUUACUCUCCGAAAUCGAAGGUCUUCAACAAUUUAUCGGUUUUUGUUCAAAACAACAAGUUGCUGUCGAUGUACUCGAGAAACUUUUGAAAGAUUCGUCAAUUCAAAGAAUCUAUUCAACUUGUUGUCAAAAUCCGGCAGCUCGGGGAAUGAGUCUGCACACGUUGUUUCUCGUGCCACUUGGAAGGAUCACAAGAUAUCCUCUUUUGAUCGAGAAAAUGAUUGAAGCUUCAGCUCCCGAUUCAUCCGAUAUAGCCUCUUUAGAUAUGGCUCUCUCGGUGACAAAGUCAAUUUUGGAGGAAAUAAAUCGAUCCAUAAACGAGUCAGAUACAAUGUGUUUCCUGGGUUGGUGCCAAUCCCAUCUGCGUGUUUCCAUUCAACCACCACUUGAAUUCGCGGCUCCAACGAGAUUUCUGGGUUCUCGUCGUGUGCUUCACUCAGGUGUUCUAUGGAAAGCUCGAUCGGGUAAAGUUCUCAUCUCAAUUCUCUUCAAUGAUUUUCUGCUCCUCGCCACUCCGAAUGAGCCAAUUCAUGAUCCAUCGACCUUCAAGUUGUCACAUCAAAGUGAUAUCCAUUUAACUACGUAUCGUCAACCAUUCCUUCUUAAUCAAAUCAUCGUGACAAAAGACGAGAUUGACACGAACUUCACGCUGCAUAAUGAUACUUAUAAAGAAGAGUGCAAAUUGAAAGCGGCAAGUGGAAAUGCAUGUCGACUUUGGCUGAGCCACCUUGGCCCGGCCAUCGAAACAGCUCAUCAAAGGGCAAAACCUCGUACUUCGUCAACGACCCGUCCACCAAUUGGUCGUUUACUUGUCGAAGUAGUGGCUGUUGAAUCGGGUGGAGUAAAGACUCUUAAUCCACACUCACUGCUUACCAUUCGACUGGGAUUGCACGAUAGCAUUGAGUGUUUUCAAGUGGAUCCAAGUCGAGCCGAGAUCAAGCAAUCUACCCAAUUUACAUUUACGGAGACUGGUGGAAUGCUUCGAGUGGCACUUCUUGAACCGAGGGUUUUUAGCCCUGAUGUACCGUUAUACGACGAAAUGGCGAUCCCCCUGCCACAAUUGAUUGCUGAUUGUUCUCAACAUCGAGGACCGAUCAGAAAAACCAUUCAGCUAUUUCAGGGUUCAAACGGUACGAACUCGACGAAAAAACAAAAGGCGAUCAUUCAGAUGAAAUUCGUCGUGCACAUUUACGAGAGUGCACUC